GCUUUUUGUCUCAGGAAAUGCGCACUUCCGUCUUUUGUUGCCUCAAGUAACUCAUUUUCCAUUUCCACACCAGACACCAGCUUAACAAGUAGUAACAGUAAAAGGUGAACCCGCAUCUGGUUCAGCUAUGUUCAGGCAAAUAUGAAGUUUCUUCUAUUUUUAGACGCCUUAUCGUCAAACCAGCAGUGCAACUGCAAGACAGCCCAGCUAGCUCUGAGUACAGAAGAGGAAGCUUGCUUUCAUUUUCUUAAACAGAGGCGAGUAGGUGAUUUGAAGUGAAGUGCGGGGGGUAGAAAGAAGAAAAGUUCGUUUCUGUGAGGGUUUUUCUAAAGUCUGAGGGGGCUGAUGGAGUUUUCUGACCACAUUAAGACGGCCAACGUGAAGGAUGUUGUGCUCCGUCAGCCGCUGCACCCACCGAGCAGAGGGACCCUGUGCGUCACCGGUCACCACCUGCUCUUCUCGGACAGGGAGGAGGGAAGCUCCAGGCAGGUUCUGCUUCUGCUCAGGAAUAUCGAUGCCAUUGAGAAAAGUGUGGAAAACCUUUUGGGCUAUUCCGGCUUCCUCUCAAAAGCAGCCCACAGUGACAGAAUGCCUGGAUCCUCUGGGACAAUCACCAUCAAAUGCAAAGAUCUGCGCGUGCUUCAGCUGGACAUUCCAGGCAUGGAGGAGUGCCUCAACAUUGCGCACUCGAUUGAGACCCUGUCCUGCCUGGACAAUGUGUCGGAGAUGUAUCCUUUCUUUUACAGGCCCAAUGACCUCAGCCUGCGGGAGCAGUGGGGUCUCUCAACCCCUGAAAAACACUACACUCAAAUUAAGGAACUUCAUAAGAAAUGGAGGUUGAGCAGUGUGAACAAAAAAUACUCUGUGUGCCCUUCCUAUCCUCCGGUAGUCAUUGUUCCAAAAGGCAUCGACGAUGAAACACUGAAGAAAGUGGCCAAAUUUAGGCAGGGUGGCCGCUUCCCUGUCUUGUGCUACUAUCAUCGAAAGAAUGGCAUGGUGAUCAUGCGCAGCAGCCAGCCACUGACUGGUGCCAACAAGAAACGCUGCAAGGAAGACGAACUCCUCCUUCAGGUUGUGAUUGAGGACUCAGAUAAAGGUUUCAUUAUUGACACUCGUUCAAGUCAGCAGGUUCAGCAGGCUCGGAUGACAGGCGGCGGCUUUGAGUCCAAAUCGUGCUACAGCCACUGGAAGAGGCUUCACAAACAGAUGGAAAGGGGUAAGGCCCUUCAGGAGAGCCUGAUUAAACUGGUGGAAGCCUGCGGAGAUGAGUCCCACAAUGUGGACCGCUGGCUCAGUAAGCUGGAGAAUUCAAAAUGGCUGUCUCACGUCCAGACUGCUCUGUCCGCAGCUGGCCUGCUGGUAGAGUGUGUGGAGAGGGACGGUCAUUCAGUUCUGGUCCACGGCUAUGAAGGUACAGACUGCACUUUGCUCAUCUGCACUCUGGCCCAACUCAUCAUGGACCCGAGCUGCCGCACUCUGGAGGGUUUCCUGGCUCUCCUGGACAGGGAGUGGCUACAGGCAGGACAUCCGUUCCAGCAGCGGUGUGCCCAUUCAGCCUACUCCCACGCUCGCCUCCAACAGGAGUCUCCAAUCUUCCUGCUGCUGCUGGACUGUGUUUGGCAGCUUUGGCGUCAGUUCCCCCUGGCGCUGGGUUUCUCUGAGACGCUGCUCCUCAGACUGGCAAAUGAGGUCUACGCUUCAGACUACGGCACGUUUCUGUGCAACAAUGACCAGGAGAGGUGUGCCGUACAAGUGAAGGACAGGACUCACUGUUUGUUCCAGGCCCUGCUGAGGCCGCCUGAGAGAGAUUACUACUCAAACCCUCUGUAUGAACCCAACGAGCUGGCAAUCUGGCCCUCAGUUCACCCACAGUCCCUGCAGCUCUGGAGAGGCUUUUUCCUGAGGUGGACACAGCAGGCGCAACAUCUAGAGGCAGUUCAGGAGGAAAUAAGAAGCAUGGUCAUUGAGUGGCAUAGGGUGACCCAGAGGUGACACCCCUACAAAGAAAUUAGGAUUUGAAAGAGAAAAUUAUUUCACAGAGCCAUAUUUUAAUUUGUUCCAUGUUUAAAUGUACUGUAUUUUUUUUUACCUUCAUAAAUGUCCACCCUUUUUUUUCUUUCUAAGAAUUGAGUGUUGUCGUCAUUUAUAUAUAUUUUUUUCUUAGGAUUUUAUAAAGACAUUUACAGAUCAUUAAUAUGGAUUAUUAUGAGAAAAUAUUGGAUUAAAACAUCUGGUAAUUAUUAAUACCUGCCUUAGUACAAUAUAAGGACAAAUACCUUUGUUAAACCUUAAUCAAACCUUCACAUAAUGGGUUUUUAGUGUUUUAAGACUUGAGAUUUGAGUGUUUUCCUUUAGCAGCUCAUGACUAGCUUAACUACUACAAGAUAGUUAUUACAUUAAAAUAUCUCUUUCAUGCAUUGUGGUCCUUCGAGUGGACAACUAUUUCCAUAUGUAUAUGUGUGGGUGAUGGUAAAUUGGCAUAUAACAAUUUAAUUGGACUCUAGUGUGUUGUUCCAUACUCGGCAUCGACUGGUGAGCCUGUGUGGGUUUAUGUCUAAAAAUAUAUGUAACACAAAUUAACAACAAAUGAGUAAAUAUUAAUUGUUAGGGUUUGACCCUAUGUUGGGAUUACAUUUUAAUUAAUCAUCUUCAUGUUAAUGUGCAUAUUAUCCAUUGCUGGCAAUAUUGCAUGUAAAACAUUAGCAAUUGCUGUGACAAUAAUGGUCUUGAACAGAUAUUAGCAGUGCUAAUUGUUCUGCAACAAUUAGAACAUGUUUAGUGCCAACUUAAUCAUGCCACUAAACAUGUUUUAUUUAUAUGACUUAAAUGCUCAGUAACAUUGAAAUUAAUGCUAUAUGUCAGACUGUGAAAUAACGACCUAGAAGUGGGGUUGUGAAGCUAAUAUUCAGUUCAAAUGAGGAUAAUAAUUGUGAUGGAGAACAUCAAUAUCUCAAAAAGAAAAAACAAGAGCUGAGUUAACAGACGCUGAUGUUCCUGAAGUAGCUAAGGAUUUUGAUUAAGCUCAGGAUAUACGAGCUCUAAGACAUAAGAAGGUAAACUAUCAGAAGCUCAGUGUGUUUCAGUGCUUUAGUGAUGUUUUUUUUGUUCUUUAUUUGUGUACGCAGUUUAUACAUGACUUUCAUUUCCUGUUUAUUCAAUUUUGUGUGCAAUAUUUGGGUUGUUCUUGAAGAAAUGUUAAUUUUAAAAUACACAGUUCAACAAGGGAAAGGAAGAAGAGCUGAAUUAAAAGUAACAACAGUAGAACGUAA